AACGUCAACGUCGAGACUCGAGUUUGUUUGCAUGAAAAUUCGAGGAAAAUUCAAUAAAAGUUUAUGAAAGUAAUUGAUUUAAAAAUAUCUCAAUAAAAAUAGUCCCUCAGUUGUUAUUAUUGUUAAUAGCUUGGGGAUCUUAAUACCAGAUCUAUCUAGAAAUGCAUCGAAUUCUGGAUAGAGUAAAGUUUUGCUGGUGCAAAACUAACCGGUGGCACCGAGCGCUGUUCCUGCUAAUUAUUGCUGAACUGAAGUGGAUUCCCGGUAACAGGCUUGGGUUUGAGUGCAAUGACCCCUCACUUUCUCAUCCAUACACUGGAGACACUAUAAGUUGGAAGUGGCUCAUUGCUGUAACUGCUUUGCUGCCAUUAGCCUUAAUGCUAGUUGUAGAGAAGAUAUUCCAUAAAAGUGAUGACAGAAAAGCAUCCACAAAAAGAGCUCUAAAAUGGUCUAAAGAGUACCUUUUUGGUUUACUUGUAAACCUGGUGUUUGUGUCCAUACUGAAGGUGCUGGUCGGAGAGCCGCGGCCACACUUCUUUGACACUUGUGGCCCCAAGGAGGCUGAUACUUGUGAAGGGUCUGAGUUCGUCCCCCGCUACACGUGCACCAAGCAGGGCUGGGUGGCGCAGUCUGACCGCAGCUUCCCGUCGGGACACACCUCCAUGGCGGUCCAUGCUGCGCUGUUUGUGGCUUGGUACCUCCACCGGCGUCUCACCCUCCCCUCACACACACUGACUGUCCGCUCGCUGCAAGCGGCCAGCGUCCUCAGCGGGGCAUGCUGCGCCGUCUCGCGGGUGCUCGACAGACGCCACCACUGGCGGGACGUGCUGGCUGGAGCGGGGAUAGCGGUGCUUGGGUUGCAGUUUACGAUAUUUCGUCUCUGCAAAAACUUCGAAUGUCCGAGAGAAAUACACACAGAACAGAAGAAUGGUAUUGACGAUAAGAAAUUUAAUGAAACAGACGAAUCGCCUACCGCUUUACAAGACAAUGCUAAUAUGUAAUGUACCUGCCUUAUUUACUCAUUAGUUA